AUGCAUGUUUCAACUCUCGAGGCAAGGAAAAUUCAACGGGAAUCUCCGUCUUGGAGUCGAACCCUCAUAGUCAUCGCCAUCACCUUUACAGUGUUGGCCACGAUUUUCUUUGCCCUUCGACUUUACAGCCGAAAGAAGACCUCCUGGAAGCCAGCCAUUGACGAUGUCUUUUUGGGCAUAGGGUUGCUUUUCUCGUACCUGCUGAGUGCUUGUGUAUUCUGGCUUGGACAAAAAUUCUGGUGUCUAGCCCACGUCUUCGUGAAACUCUCUAUAAUCUUCCUGAUCCGCCGUAUAUUAUUCAUCGUUGGAUCUUGGCAAAAAAUCACCACCGGGCUGAUAGUUUUCACGGUGGCGUGGGGCGUUACAAACAUCGUCGGCAACGCCUUGCAAUGCUUCCCCCCUCGCUACUUCUGGCUGAGAACUAUCGACGGACGAUGCCCAGAUGACCAAGAGGCUUUCGCAAUUGUGAUGGGGUCUCUGGCUCUCGCAGAGGACGUGGUUCUUUUGGUCAUUCCUAUCUCAGUCGUAUGGCGGAUGAUGCUUGUGCGGAGUGAGAAGAUUCGAAUUACGAUUUUAUUCGGGUUUGGGGGGCUGUAUGUUCUUCUCAUUUCUGUCCGCGUCGUCAAGCCACAUUAUUAA